UAAUUUCGUGUAUAAAAGACAGCGGCAAAAAUUGUCGAGCAUCAGUUGCGAGAUCACAAGUAGAAGCACUAUAGCAACAUUUCAAAAAUGAAAUUCGCAUUAGCACUGCUAGCCCUCGUGGCUACAGCCUCCGCCAUUGAGCUCCCCAAUUUUGGAAGAGGUGAGCUCCAUCCAGUCCUCCAAGAAUUCCUAGACCUCGUACCGGUCAAGAAAGUAGUACAAAUCACUCUUCAAUACUAUAUCGAAGAUAAAGACUUCCAGAAAAUGGUCGAAUACUUCCGAUCUGAGGGAUUUAAGCAGCUAGUCCAAGAUGUAGAAGCUCUGCCUGAGAUUAAAGUUUUUAUGGAUUACAUCCAUAAUGCCGGUAUUGACAUUUACAAGAUAGUGAACGAUUUGAACUCUGCUCUCAAGCUCCCUCCUCUUACCGCGCCAUCCUAUUUCGGCACAUACAUUACCGGUGGAAUUAACGGAUACAUUCAAGACAUUCUGAACGUUUUGCCUCGAAAAGAGCUUAGGGAUUUGUACGAGGAGAAGCUCACGACCUCUAAAGCAUUCGCCGACUUGAUCGCGCAAUUGAAAUCCGACAAUUUCCAGCAAAUCGUCAACAAGGUUUACGUUCACCCUAAAUUUCAGGAGCUUUUGACACACGCUAGGACUGAAGGCAUUGAUCUCAUAGCCAUCAAGGAAUUGUUGGAGGUUCUCUGGGGUAUUAAAGUUCCCACUUACUAAUUACCAGACGAACAUCAACGCUACAAUGAAAUGAUUUUUUUGUUA